AUGUCGCGCCACGCAGAGCGAUAUCCGACAAAAAAUGCCGGAGCUCGCCAUCUCUCACUUCUCAACAGAAUUAGAGACGCGAAUGUCGUUCUGAACGGCUCAUUAUCGUUCCUGAACAACUGGACCUACUUUACCUUGACCAAAACCGGCCCGUACGCAGGCACCCUGCAAGCUUUCAUGACGGGUGUUCGCUUCCUAACCCGGUAUGAGCAUCUGGUACAGCCUGGCCGGAGGACGCGGAUCUGGGCAAGCGACUCACAGCGCGUCAUUGACACAGCAGCGUACUUUGCGUCUGGUCUUUUCGGUCUGGACUGGGAGAAGACCGAUAAAGUUGUUCUGGAAGUUAUCCCUGAGACAUUCGACCGACACGCGGAUACCCUCACGCCGGGAGAUACAUGCCUAAGAUAUAUUGAAGACGCCGACAACGGUCAUGACAACGGCUACACUAUGCUGGCGCGUUUCCAGAAUACCUAUAUUCCCGAGAUAGCAGCGCGGCUCACCCUCAAGGAACAGAACGAGGAAAUCGGGCCGUUGACUAACCUGGAGGUCUGGAGCAUGCAGGAGAUGUGCGGGUUUGAGACUCUUGUCCGAGGAUCCAGUCCCUGGUGCAGUGUAUUUACUCAAAAGGAGUGGGAAUAUUUCGCGUACGCCCGCGACGUGAUUCAUUACUAUCGUGCGGGUCCUGGCAAUCCAUAUGCCGGUGCGAUGGGUUGGCUCUGGCUCAAUGCCACGACUGCCUUACUGCGCGCUGGUCCUGAGUCUGGCACCACGUUUUUCAGCUUUGUUCAUGACGGCGAUAUAGCGCCUUUCCUCACUGCUCUGGAAAUCUUACAAGACUCAAAAUACGACCCUUACUUGCCAGUCACACAUGUUGCCGAGGACCGUACCUGGCGUACUUCAUCGGUGUUGCCUAUGGGAGGCAGAAUUGUCAUCGAACGAAUGGCAUGCCCGUCAUCAAUCACGAGUAAUCGGGAUUCUCCCGACGAAAUAUUCCUACGAGUCAUCGUCAAUGACAGACCUAUGCCUUUACCAUACUGCAAGUCAGGACCAGGAUUUUCUUGCCCAUUAGAGGAACUCGUCGAUUACGUAGAGCGACGCAGACGGGAAGUAGGUGAGUUUGGGGAUGUAUGUGGAUUGGAAGGCGAUGUUGGACACAUUACGUUCUUGAGGCAAGACUAG